GAGGAUCGUGGCGUGCGCGCGGUCCGCUCUCUCAGACUACAUCAGUCACAUUUGUUACGUGGACGGGAAACCACGUUCUCCGCUCACUCCGCCUCACGCUCACGAUCACCGAGAUACUACAGGCGGCCAGAUACUUCCGCGAUCUCGACACCCGUUAUAUCAGUAUUUAUUUUUUUCUAAAUUUUUAAUUAAUCAAAUACAGAAGAACAGUUUUAAUAUUUUCUGUCGAUUUCACGAUAAAUUUUCUUUUUGCGUCUUGGAAGAAUUUAUUGACGUCGUCAAGAUCAUCAAGAGUCGUCUCGAAGAUGAUGGACGGUCACACCGGAGGGUGGAAUGGUCGUCAGCUGGUGCGGUCUCGCCAGUAGUCGACGGCGGAAGAAGACAGCGGCCGCAGCGACAGCAGCUUCUCAAGACGGCGGUCUUCUCCUUCGUGGGUGCCUCAGUGCGGUCAGAUAAACACAUUAUCUCAGUGUUACAGACAUUUCAGUCCGACUUUCCAGUAUUUAUCUUUGUGGUUCACUGUUCUCGUCAAGGUACCGAGAGACUGUCGUUUAGGACAAAGUGGUCGAAUAGUAGAUAUCUGUGAUCUGUACGAAGUGCGUAAGUUACAGCCGAGAUUCGUGGUAAGGUAUCCUGUCGACAGCGGUCUCUUAUCACUGACUCAGAUACAGUAUUGUAGGUUCAGUGUAUCGAAGUGGACCAAUCGAAUACUUGAAUGAGAGUUGUUGGGACCAAUCGGAGUACGGAGAUCACCACGCCCGCGCCCCGACGAUAAGGUAUCGCUUAUCUAUUAGCGAGAUGACUUAGCUUCUCGAGUGAUGGAUAUUCAAGCGAUGCAGUCGAUGGACUGGCUAUUCAAGAAAGAACGAAUCUACCUGUUGGCGCAAUUUUGGCAGCAGAGGGCCACACUAGCAGAGAAGGAAGUGACGGCGCUGAAGGAGCAGCUCUCAGCUUCAAACCAAAGUCCCGCCGACAAGAUGAGCGGCUCCGACGACAUCAAGCGAUCCUCCGCGGAGGUCGAGCUCAAUGCCAAAGACAAAGAGAUUUCCCAAUUGAUCGAAGACGUCCAAAGGUUACAGUCUAGUAUAGGUAAGCUGCAGGAAAAUUCUGCAAACCAAAUCGCACGACUAGAAGAGGAGCUGGAGCACAAGCGACAACUCAUCUCCAGACUGGAGGCACGUCUGGACGCACAAAGGGACUACGAGGACCUCAAACGUCAACUAAGCUUCCUAAAGUCGAUAGAACUUCCACCCAACAGUGAAGGCGACGUGAAGACGCUGGAAAGUCUGCUUCUUGAAAGAACCAAGGCGGCCCAGCACCAAGCCGAAGCUCUCAAAGCUCCUCCUUGCUCGACCCCUUCGGACAUGCAUGGCGCUGCAGACAUGUCCGUGGACUCGAGCGGCCCACUUCUGUUCCCAGCACCCGCGCCCCCUCCGUCCCAGCCGUCUCUACAGAAUGUCGAGACGUUCGGCUCGUUCCUAGGGGAAGAGAUAGUGGCCAACUGGAGGCGGUCCCUGGAACGGACGAUCCUCAGUCAGGGAUCGACGCCUCAGCACUUGGGCCGAGUACUGCCGCCUCCUGACGGCCGAUCCUCCAGCGUCGGCCCCCUCGCCCAGUCCCCGGUCAACGCAACCCCUCCGCCCCCUCACACACCGACACAGAAUGUCGACAUCUCCGACGAUACCGGAAAGUCAAGGUUCGAGGAGCGAGAGCGGGAAAGGGAGAGGGAGCGAGAGAGUGCAGAGAGGGACCACGAGCCCGCCGUGACCUCUUCCUCCGGCAGCCAUCGACCCUCCAGCUCGCCCGCGGUCUCGGCGGAUCUCCAACUCAACGGCAGCUCCACGCCCUGUAAGAGCCCCGCGGCCGAGUCCGACCUGGGCUGCAACAACAACUCGCCACACCUCAACAACAACAACAACAACAUGCCUGGAAGUCUAGUCAACGGUUUCUGUGGGCUCAACGUCGGCCUGAACAACAACGUUCUUCACCCGUCCUCUCAACUGAAUUUCAACGACGUCAUGAAGAGCCCCUUCAGAUUCGACGAUAGGCCGUCGUUCCGGUUCGGCAGCGAGGACCCCGGAGCGAUCGUCGGUCGGUUCGGCGAAUCGCUGAUCCCGAAGGGCGACCCGAUGGAAGCGCGGCUCCAGGAGAUGCUCCGGUAUAACAUGGACAAGUACUCCACCCAGAACCUCGACACCCUCCACAUAGCGAGGAGAGUGAGGGAGUUGCUGUCCAUUCACAAUGUGGGUCAGCGCCUGUUCGCCAAGUAUGUGCUGGGACUGUCACAGGGCACAGUGUCUGAACUGCUCUCCAAGCCCAAGCCCUGGGACAAGCUCACAGAAAAGGGCCGCGAUAGCUACCGCAAAAUGCACGCCUGGGCUUGUGACGACAACGCCGUCAUGCUUCUCAAAUCUCUCAUACCAAAGAAAGGUGUUGGUUCCGGCAAAGAUAGUGGAAUCCCUGCCAUGUUCGCCAGGGACACCGGAGAUAUGACUGAAGAGAGAAUCGCCCACAUACUCAGUGAAGCCAGCCAUCUCAUGAAAACCGAGGACAGCCACAGCAAUGAUGACAGUAGAUCACCAACACAGCCUCAGCAAUGUUCAUCACCACCUGGCAGGGGAGAUAACUCCCAGAACCGAAAACUAAAGAAGUACGAGAAUGACGAUAUUCCUCAGGAGCAAGUAGUGAGGAUAUACCAGGAGGAACUAGCCAAGCUGAUGGGCCGCAGGUUCGAGGACUCUAUGAGAGGGGAACAGACAUAUCCUGGACUGUUAUUCCCUCAUUUCUUCGGCAGUGGGGCGAGCGGGCCCGGGUCUGCAGAGGAGAUCCGGAUGGCUCUGGACGCGUACCACCGAGAGUUGGCCAAGCUGAACUCUCAAUGUGCGAGUGUUCCCGGUGCCAACCUGCCCGGCCUGCUGGCCCUGCAGCAGCAAGCCCUGAGUCAGCAGCAAGUCCUCACAGGACACCACAACGGUAUGGCCCAAGACCUUUCCUUACCCAAGGAGCGCAAGGACGCCAAACUGCCGAAUGGUGAGCGGCCAGGGAUGUCCGCUGGGAGUUCAGCCAGUUCUCCUCUCGGCAACUCCAUCCUGCCUCCAGAAGACUUCUCCCCUUCGGCAGCGGUCAGUCCCCUUCAGAGGAUGGCUUCCAUCACCAAUGCCCUCAUCUCUCAGCCCUCCACACCUCACCAUCACUCGCCGUCCCAACGCCCUCUCAAAGCUGUCCUCCCGCCUAUCACUCAGCAACAGUUUGACCAGUUCAACAACCUCAACACCGAGGAAAUUGUGAGAAAGGUGAAGGAGCAGUUGAGUCAGUUCUCCAUCAGUCAGCGUCUUUUUGGUGAGUCGGUGUUGGGACUGUCACAAGGCAGCGUCUCAGACCUUCUAGCUCGCCCCAAGCCCUGGCACAUGCUUACGCAGAAGGGCCGAGAACCGUUCAUUCGCAUGAAGAUGUUUCUAGAGGAUGACAAUGCGGUCCAUAAACUGGUCGCCUCUCAAUACAAAAUUGCACCAGAGAAGUUGAUGCGAACUGGAGGAUAUGGAAUAAAUUCUCCAGGAUCAUCUAUCUCAAAACCAUUGCCUCCAAGUGCAGGAAAGAUGCCUCCGAUGCCUCCAUCAAUGGACAUGAAACCAAGUGACAUGGGACUGAACCACCUCAACUACCUUCAUCCACCGCAGCAGGUGCCUCCACCGCCCCCUCCACCACACCACAUCCCCCCACCUCACCAUCUGCAACUCAACAGCAUGGAACACUUGAAGAAGAGUCAUGGUGGUCCUCCGACCAUGGUGCCCCAGUGCAACACCAUGCCACCCCACCAGGUGAACUCCGUUAUGAGGAACCUUGGCCAACAAGUAGCACCAUCCGUCUAUGAGAUGGCAGCAUUAACACAGGAUCUAGAUACGCAAACCAUCACCACCAAGAUCAAGGAAGCCCUCCUGGCCAACAACAUUGGCCAAAAAAUUUUUGGAGAAGCUGUUCUGGGCCUUUCUCAGGGAUCAGUCAGUGAGCUGUUGUCAAAACCAAAACCAUGGCACAUGCUCAGUAUCAAAGGGAGAGAGCCAUUCAUCCGCAUGCAACUGUGGCUGUCGGACACUCACAAUAUCGACAGACUGCAAGCCAUCAAGUCGGAGCGGCGAGAAAUGAACAAGCGACGGAGAGGGUCAGGACAGCAGGACAACAGCAGUGACACCUCCUCCAACGACACGGCAGAAUUCUACCACAGUAGCGCCAGUAGUCCCCCCUCUGCAGCCAAGAAGCAGCGAGUCCUUUUCUCCGAGGAGCAGAAGGAAGCACUGAGGCUCGCAUUCGCUCUGGAUCCUUACCCCAGUCUGAGCACCAUCGAGUUCUUGGCCAACGAGUUGACCCUCGCUUCUCGCACCAUCACCAACUGGUUCCACAACCACAGGAUGAGGCUAAAGCAGCAAUCACCUCAUGGCAGUGACUCCAGUCAAUCCAACAGAGAAAGUCAGGGAUCAGGAUUCGAUCCUAACCAGUUUAGAAUGCUCCUCAGUCAGCGUUUAGGACUGAAUGCUCUUCCCAUGCCGUUCCCUACUCCUUAUUUCCCUCCAAAUCCGGAAUUAGCAGCUCUCAUGCAACGAGGAAUUUUACCUAUGAGAGAGCAGGAUUCCGGGCUGGAUCUGACUGUAAAGCACGAGGCGGGCUCCGAUGACGAGGAUAAUGAGAGUAGGUUAGACUCUGAAGACUCGGACAUCGGAGUACCUGAACUUCCUCAAGCUCCCUCCGGGUCGAGUAGACGAAAACCUGCCGCCCCCCAAUGGGUGAACCCGGACUGGCAAGAAGAAUCUGAGGUCAUCAUCAAUGGAGUGUGUGUGAUGCAGACGGACGACUACAACGAGAGGGAGCGAGAGAGUGAGACUGUGAGAGUGGAGCCGACGGCAGUAGUAGAGGAAGACGAGGCUCGAAGUUCCACGCUAACACAAUCCUUGCCUCUGCCCUCCCCCUGCCCUUCCGACAUCAAACAGGAACCCGUCAAUGACGACAACCAAAAAACCGAACAAGAAAAAACGUUACAGACUGUUAAAGAAGAAAAGUGGGAUAGUGAAUUUUAAUACAAGUUUUCCACAAGACUUUGGGAUCGAAAACGGGUAAAUGUUAAUUAAAUACUCGGUGUUCAUAGAAAAUAUUAAAUGUGAUUUCGUUUUUGUGUUCAUAGAUGCGUGCUAAAUAAUGUAAUGACAUGUGAAUCUGUUCAUGAGUUUUACCUUAUGGCUGAGAUGUGCAUUAAGAACACCGCAACACAACUUUUCAUUGAACAUUGCAUGGAAAAAUGUGUUUUAAACACUGCAAGCUGGUUUGACGGCAGUGGAAAUGAUCUCGCAAUACCCGGACUGAUCCACUCCGUGAUAAUACGUUAUUUAUAGAUUCUCGAUUAAACUGGAAGGUACAGUGUUAUUAGUACUGUACUCUUCAAUUAGAUAUGCUAUAUCAUAUCAGUGAUAUUCAUUUGUGUACAGUAUCACAAAAUCCAGUGUUGUCUUCUUUACGAUUCCUCAAAAACGUUGUAAAUUAUAAUUUAUUUAAACAAUAUGUGCAAACAUUGAACAUUGUAAGGGUGAUAUGGAAGGAUUAGAACUCGUGCGUAUGAAUCUUGUAUUUACAAGACGUGUAUAUUCUUAUCCUGUAUCCCGAUUAUAUAUUACCAUUUGCAAUGGAGUUAAUAUCAAAAGUGCAAUCAACGAAUGAUGUUUAUGUAGUUAUUUUAGUUUAUUAUUCUUUUAUCAUAUUUUAAAAAUCUUUUAAAGAUUAGCCUGGUGUUUCUGUAGAUUCCUGUCUGACAUGGGCAUUUAUUGUUUGUAAAUAUAUUGCUGUUUCAUGUAGCCAUUCUUGUAAUAUAUGUUAAGAUCAAAAUUGUUUUCUUGUACUUUUUUCUUGUUGUGUGUAUAUGUUAUGUUGGAGUUGUUGAUAUAAUCAAAGAUGAUAAAUAAGACUGGUUAUCAUUGUUAGUUAUGAUGUCAUCGUUUGACACACUCGACGAGUACAAUUGGAAAGAGAUGAUUUUUGUUUUCACUUUAAUUAUAAAUAUAUAUAUAUCUCUCGUUUUCCUUUGACGUUAAUAAUGUAUCCUUAUUAUUGUGAUAUAAAAGUAGUAGCGCAUAAUGUAUUCUAUUGGAGUGCGCCCAAAUAUUGUUUUUAUACAUCUAGGAAAAGAAUAUCCAAAGUAAACGUAAAAGUAAAGAUGAUAACGGUUCGCUUCAGACCUCUUUAUUUUAGUACGUACAAUAAUGUACACAUAUUUAUAUUUCUGUUGGGUGAAACCCUAAAAUUUGUCUUCUAAAUUCUUCCGUGGUACUUUCUCGUAUUAGUAUAAUUCAAUUACACUCAGGACGUUCAAAUUUUUCGUUUCAAAAUGAUUUGGUUUUCUAUAUUAGUGAAUGGUAGAUAUUCUCGGUACGCGUGUGUGUAUGAGUGUUGUAUGUUUUCUACCAGACUAAAUACGGCCAAAUGUCGCUUUAGCUUGCCAACAGUGUAAAUACUGGGAACCGGUCCUGUUCUAGAACUCGAGCGGAACACUCGUCAUAGAAUCAUAUCAUGAAAAUACCUCACCAUCAAUGUUACAGGCUGCUCUAGCUUUUUAAUUUUUAUAGACAAAUUUAGUUUUCCCCUUCAGAGUCGAAGUUAUAUACAUGACUAACUGAUAAAUAUGAGUAUUUAUAGCAUUUCACAUGGGCAUUUUCCAUUCCUCGACACCAGGAAUGUUUGAAUUAGAUUUAAUAAAUACUGUGUAUUCAAAUAUUCCGCUGGUAUAAAAUAUAUAUAUAUAUUUUGCUCACGUUAAUAAAAAUUGUAAAGUCGAAGAAAACAUCACAAAUGUGAUAUUUUUCUAAAACAAACUUAGUUUGCAUUGUUGUCAUCUAGUCUUCCUAAUACGUCUAGUCCGACUGUACCAGGCUGGACCGCAGAACACUCUUUACUUUUUUUAUAUUGUAUGUUAUUUACUUAGGUUACAAUUGCAACUGUCGCCUUAUAACUGAAUAUCAGUAGGCUGUUACUGGAUCUGCACGAAAAUGAUCUCAAUUCACACAAGUCACUGGUUAUUUUGGUUUUUUUUUAGUCUAAAUACUCACAUAAAACAAGAAACUGUAAUAAAUUUAAAACUCCUUAAGACGAUUUAUAGAUUUUUUAAUUUAGAUUAUAAGAAAUCAGAGAUCCUAAUCAUUGAAAAUUUUGAGUCAGAGAUUUAUACCCUAAUGUUAUACAUAACGAAGUUCUUCCUUGCUUUGUUUUUCUUUGUAAUUAUAAUCCUUAAACAGUGAUUAUUUUUUUGCGCCUUUUUAUCUAUUGUUUUUGGAAGAUAACAUUUAUUUAUUGAUAUGUUGUGAUGCAGUAUUAUUCUCUAUCGCAUUAUAUAAUAGCUAUAAAUAUAAAUAUAUAUAUAUAUACGGUAUUAUCGUAAGCUGUCGUACCACCAGACGGCUAAUUGUACAGUUUUCAACAGACCUAGUUGUAUAUAACAUCCAAAGAUUGUUUACGCUAGAUACUAUUAUACUAUUAUUAUUCUAUUGUCAUCAUUAUAUCUUUUAAAUAUGUUAACUGUUUCUUUUUUAUCCAUUUUUCAUUAUUGUUGGUUAUACACAUACAUUGGAUUAAUUUAAAAUCUACUGUACCGUUAUAGUUUUUGUUACUGUGAUCCAAUGAUGUUGCUUUGUUUACUCUUUAAGUUGUGAUCAGGGUUAAAGCGCUAUUUAAAAAUUUAAGAAACCUUUAGUUUGUCCAAAUCAACUCAGUAAAUAUAUCAUCAUCCACAAAAUAUUUAUUUGGCCAUUGCUAUCAUAUGUUCAGAUUUUUUACUCCCUGUGGACUUAAAAGUUUUACAAAUAUAUAAAAAUUGUUUUAUUAGUCAAUAUUUCUUCAUUGUAAUAAAAUAUUUUUCUCUUCCCACUAAAUAAGAUUAUUACUACCUGAAUGUACAUACUUCCUCCAUAUCAUUGUGUCUUCAUUAAUAAAAUGAAGUUUCUAAAAUA